UUUUGGUUUGUUAACGUUUUGUCCAUGUAAUCAAUAAUUGUAUUAGAAUCUGUUUGGAGUAUAUUGAUCUUGAUGUGUAUAAAAGUGUCGCAAAAUCUAUGAUAAAUAACAGUUCAAACAAACGCAUUUCAGAGAGCAGUCAUCUGGCAAAACAAACUAGAGUUUCGUUGAUCAUAAGAUUGAUUAGUUGAAAUAGACAAGAAAAAAUCGUCCUUUUAUUUUGGAAAAUUUUGUAAAUCACAAAAAAACUUAUAAAAAUGAAAUUCUUGAUCCUUUUGGUUUUGGUAGCUUCGGUGGCUGCUCAUCCUGGUUACUUAGGUGGUGGUGGUUUAGGCCAUGGUUAUGGUGGCGGUAUUGGCAUUGGUAUUGCUGCUGCUCCCGCUAUUAGUUAUGCAGCACCAGCUGUUAGUUAUGCGGCUCCUGCGGUUAAGGCUGUAGCUGCAGCCCCUGCUAUUUCAUAUGCUGCUCCUGCUAUUGCUGCUGCUCCUGCUAUAUCGUAUGCAGCACCUGCUAUUUCUUAUGCUGCCCCUGCUCCUGUUGCUGUUGCCGCUCCAGCUCCAGUUGCAGUAGCUGCCCCUGCUCCCGUAGCUGUUGCAGCCCCUGCCCCUACCUUAGUUAAAUCUGUUACUCCUGCUGCUACCAGUUAUUCUACCAUCAGCACUGUCAUCAAUCAUCCUGCCACCAUUAGAACUGUGACGGUAGCUGCUGCUCCUGCUGUUAAGGUAGCAGCGGCACCAGUGGCUGUUGCUGCCCCCGCUCCUGUUGCCGUGGCUGCGGCUCCUGCCAUUUCUUAUGCUGCUGCCGCUCCCGCCAUUUCCUAUGCAGCACCCGCUGUAGCUGCUGCUCCCGCCAUUUCUUAUGCUGCUCCCUCCAUCUCUUAUGCUGCUCCAGCCGUUUCAGCCGUCAAAGUAGCUGCUGCUCCCGCUAUUUCCGUGGGUUAUGGUUAUGGUGGUGGUUAUGGUCAUCAUUAAUUUUCUCUUUUUUCGAGAAAAUUCUUAAACCGGAAAGCCGCCGAUCGCCCUGUGUAUAUAUACAACCGCCAAGUUCAUAAGGAUUUACGACUUUAGUCAUUCAUUAAAUAUUCUCAUCAUAAUUUUUAAGUCUUUAAAUGGGCUGAAAACAUCUAUGCCCAAACAUUUAGCAGAAAGAAUCAAAUUGUAUUUAUUAAUUUUUAAGCACUAAUUUUAUUUGUUUCUUUUCAAAACUAACUGCCUCUUAAUUUUCUUCUAAACAUAUGUAUUAUAGUUAAAUGAAUUAAUCCCUCAUUUUUAUAUAUAUUUUAUAGGAUGGCAAGGAAAAAAGUUGAAAAUACUUUUAUUGUGAUUUUAUAUAAAUUUAGGUUAUAAUUUUUGACCAAAAAAAGAAAAAAAACGCUUAAGCAAAAUUUAAAGAAUAAUAAAAAGUUGCAACUUUUUUCAU